UGGGAAAUCUAAAUUACAAGCCUACAUAAUUGACGGUCCAAAAGUACGCACACAAAGAAGAGGCUUGCACACAUGUCCAAUUGAGUGGGCCCACCCAUGAAAUACAAGUCCUUGCUUAUCACACAUUUUGUCCACCUGGCUUGGGUCACCCUCCAAACAAACCCUUUCCUUGCAAGUAAAUUACAAAUAUAAUUCUGAUCAGUUGUUUUCCUCCACGUAAAUAAUGCAUGGUCCUUGAAAAAACACAGCCAUGUCUUUUAACUAGAGAGCUGAAACCUCACUCAUCUCUUUCCCCAACUUCAUGCCAGUUGAACAGAGAAAUUCAGAGUACACCUAAACUGCGCUUGGUUCAGUUCAACUUGGGGAAAUAGAUGCUCCGGGCAGAUGUAUAUUGCUCUCCGCUUUACAGUCCUCCACAAGUCAAGUUAGUGAAGGAUGGUAGCAGCUCCAGCUCAUGGCUGAUCCAAUACCGCAGUACUCGAAGGCUACCCAAGGGGGUUUCUGUAAAAGCCUUGAAAGAUGAGGCAGGCGGGGAAACGAGCGGUUUCCGUGGCCAGAGUUGGGAUCCCGGGUCAGAAAUCGAGGUUCCUUAUGAACAAAGGCCGGUGAAUGAGUACUCAUCUCUGAAGGACGGAGUUUUAUACUCGUGGGGCGAACUGGGACCUGGGCCUUUCCUCCUUCGUCUUGGAGGUUUGUGGUUGGUAACUUUCACAACUCUAGGAGUGCCUAUUGCAGCUGCAAGCUUUAAUCCAUCAAGGGAUCCUCUAAAAUUUGCGCUAGCUGCUGGAACUGGAACUCUUUUUGUUGUAUCGUUGAUCGUCUUAAGAAUUUAUCUGGGAUGGAGUUAUGUUGGUGAUCGACUACUAUCAGCAGUCAUACCUUACGAAGAGAGUGGCUGGUAUGAUGGACAAAUGUGGGUAAAGCCACCUGAGGUCUUGGCUCGUGAUAGACUAUUGGGCUCUUACAAGGUUAAACCCGUCAUCAAAUUGCUGAAACAGACUCUAGUUGGAACAGGGGCAUUACUUGUCACAGGAGUGUUGCUGUUUAUCUUUGCUACACCGGUGGAGGAUUUCAUUCACACCACAUUUGGCAUAAAAGAUAACUCAUCAAAUGUUUCCGCCUCAAAGAUCAGCACAAAGUUCAACAUAAGAAAAGAGGAGUUGCUAAAAUUGCCUACGGACGUGAGGUCUGAUGAUGAUCUAGCAGCAGCCGCUGCUGAGGCUGCUGAUGGAAGACCAGUCUACUGCAGAGAUAGGUUUUAUCGUGCAUUAGCUGGUGGGCAGUACUGCAAAUGGGAGGAUCUACUUAAGUGAUGGGCAAAAGACAAAGGAAAAGAACAAUUCAUAUGAAAUUCCAUAUCAUAAUAUACAAAAUUGUUUUACAAACUAAAGUAGUGACCUGCAUAGCAAUGCAAUAUCCAUUAAGGAAAAUCCACUAGCACUGGCAAAUACAUGGGGGGAGGGAGUGGGUAGCGUGAUAUGGUGGCAUGCCACCUUAGUCACCACCUAAUUUUAUAAAACAGAUUCUGUAAAAGCAUUUGACAAAUAGAAUUUUCUCUA